AUUGAGUAAAAGAUUUGCGAUAAGUGUACGCAAAGGACUUCCACGCCAAAAAAAUUAAGUGGCCAUUGAGAAUAACAAACCUCUUCUCACAUUUCUAGGACACUCCAUGGGGGGUGGCUGAGGCAGGCAAAAGCUGGAUGCCGGUCCUUUAGACUUUAGCUGUAAGCACUGGUGUGAGAUAGACAGCAUAAGCACUGCACCUUUCCAAGGAUGGAUGUUCUUCGAGACAAGCAAUGCUUACAUUAAGAAAAGUAUCCUCAACUGUUCUAUGGUCUAUUACUAUCAAACGAUCCACGUGGUUUGUAGCGAGGCAGUUGUUACUUUUGGCAAAAGUCUUUCUCAAUCCUCGGCAGGUAAAGGAGAAUAUAGAAUGAAUCUUCUGGACGCGAAUAUUUACCUACGACCUUUGUAUCUGCAGCUUAAAUUAAGCGACAGCCAAAGAACGUACACCAUAAUGAUGGAACGGAUAGAGGACUUCAAGUUUUUUAUCAGAUCUAUCCAGUCCCAGAAGUUACAAAAAGCCAUGGAAAAGGAAAUGUUCCUGAAUCAGAAAAUCCAACAUCUCCACAGAUCUAUGGCCCAGCAUGUCGCGGCUAUAUACCCAGAUGUGGCCACCAAUGACGAUGACUGUUCAAAGAUUUAUAAACUGAUACACCAAGAAAUGAAUAAGAAAGUGGAACCAAAGAAAAAAAGGAGAUACUACAUGAGAUUAGCUUGUCUAGCAAAGAGGCGGAGGUUAAUUGAUUAUUUUUUCUAUCAUGUAUGGUGGUUCUAAGCCAUAGUGUCGUUUAGUAAACUAGUAUGACCUUCUGCAUGUAACUAUGUUGUUUUCAUAAAAAAUUUAAAAUAAACUUUUGAUAAAUUCA